AUGGCUGAGUCGGUUCCAUUUGCUGUUACUUCAAAUCUGAUUCACAGGUUGGAUUCUGCAGAUUUUCUUGAAUUUGGACACAUGUAUGAUGUGAUGGAAGAGUUGGAAGCGCUUAAGAACACAAUUGAAUCUAUCAAUGACGUGCUCCUUGAUGCUGACGAUAAACAAGAACAAGCUCGUGUCAGAGUUUGGAUCAAAAGGUUCAAAGACGUGCUUCAUGGUGCAGAUGACUUCUUUGAUGACCUUGAUGUUGAAUUUAUGAGACACAAAUUGGAUGCAGGUCAAGGAAAAGAAGUGAACAAGGUACUUCAUUCCUUUUCAUCUUCAAAUCAAAUUGAUUUUCCCAUUCAAAUGGCUGAAAAAAUUAAAGAAACACAAGAGAGUUUUAAUGCUGUAGUAGAAGACAUGCAUAAAUUGAAUUUAAGUCCAAGAACUAUGGUGGUUAAGCAAAUUAAUAGUGGAUGGAGGGAAACUGGUUCUUUUGUGUUAGAAUCUGAUAUCGUUGGAAGAAAUGAUAGUAAAAAGGAGAUUGUAAGUCUCUUGAGACAAUCAGAUGAAAACCAAAAAGUUUCAGUGAUUGUUAUUGUUGGCAUUGGUGGUUUGGGGAAAACAGCUCUUGCUCAGUUGGUGUAUAAUGACUUGGAAGUGCAGAGUUUUUUUGAAAAGCGAAUGUGGGUGUGUGUCUCUGAUAACUUUAAUUUAAAAACUGUUGUGAGGAAAAUAUUAGAAUCAUUUACUGGUGGCCAAAUUGAAGACAAGUUAUCAUUAGACAACUUGCAAAAUAAGCUUCGUCAAAAUUUAAGUGGUAAAAAAUAUUUGUUGGUCCUGGAUGACAAUUGGAGUGAAAGUAAAGAAGAAUGGGCUGAAUUGAAAACUCUUUUGAUGUGUGGUGCUCAAGAUAGUAAGAUUUUAGUGACAACUCGCAGUGAAAUUGUAGCAAAGACAAUGAUUGCUAGCACUUCCUAUCCUCUGAAUGUUUUGACUGAAGAAGAAUCUUGGAGUUUGUUAAAGAAAAUUGCAUUUCAGGAUGAUACCAAAGGAGUGAAUCAAAAUCUAGAAUCAAUGGGUAAAGAAAUAGCCAAAAAAUGUAAAGGGGUUCCACUAUCAAUUAAAACACUAGGAGGCCUAUUACGAGGCCAAAAAGAAGAAAGUGAAUGGGAAGAUGUUUUAUGUGGUGAUUUCUGA